CCAUUCACACUGUAACACUUCACGUGAUUAUUGAACAAAAAAGCAACAGGAAAGCCGAUUGGAACAAUUUAAAACACUCCAGACGAGCCUUCCUGCAGGAUGGAAUCUGACUUACCCACCUCAUGAACCUAGUAACUAAUAGCCGGCGGAGUCGUCAUUCAGCCAAUCGGCUCGCUGCUUACUGUAGUGUAGUUGCACGUGCCCCUUCAAUCAUGGUGGCAUAGGGGAAGUAUGAGUGACUUUGGAAGGAAAAAAAUAAAAGAUUAAGAUCAUUCUUGCUGUAACAGUAGUGGCAGUGUUAUGACACUGUUUUGUACAUAGUGGAAAUGUAUGCACGUUAGCAGUGGAGUUACUCAAAGGAACAUUUGCUGGUUUUGCAGUUCACCUCGGCAACUGAGACAAGCUGUGCCAUAUCUUACUGACAACUCUGGUUUAUCUUCAUUUGCAUAUUUCUGGUGGGGGCAUCUCCGUUUAGAUCAACUUAAGGUCGCUAGCUGCUGCUAUAUAUUUUCAGUUGUUUUUCCGUUUACUUUUGGAACUGUAAUUUGUGUGUAGCCUGGUUAUAUAACCCGUUUAAGACAAUGUUGUCUGUUAUGGUCCACGCUUAUCUGAGGUACUGGCUGCCAGCGGCUGUGAUGUUAGGUGCAGCACCUGUUUAUCUACUGUCCUGGUUUAUCUGGCGGGUUAUUUCGACUCUUCUUCCAGCUCGUUUUUAUCAUCGUUUGGACGAUCAUUUAUACAUAAUCUACCAGAGCAUGGUCCUAUUUUUCUUUGAGAACUAUACAGGAGUGGAGGUGAUCAUUUAUGGAGAAUUGCCAAGAAAGAAAGAAAGCGUGAUAUAUUUGUCAAACCAUCAAUGCACAGUUGAUUGGAUUAUUGCAGACAUGCUUGCAAUCAGGCAGAGUGCUCUUGGACAUGUGCGUUACGUUUUGAAAGAUGGCCUGAAAUGGCUUCCUCUUUACGGAUGGUAUUUUUCCCAGCAUGGAGGAAUUUAUGUAAAACGAAGUGCCAAGUUUAAUGAAGAAGCCAUGAGAAACAAACUUAUCACCCAGAGCAAAAAUGGGGCUCCAAUGUACCUUGUGAUUUUUCCAGAAGGAACCCGUUACAAUCCUGAACGACCCCAAGUCAUUGAAGCAAGUCAAGCAUUUGCAAAGAAAGAGGGUCUUGCAGUUUUACAGCAUGUAUUAACACCUCGUGUAAAGGCAACUCAUGUUGCCAUUGACUCAAUGAAGGAUCAUAUAGAUGCCAUAUAUGAUGUAACAGUAGCAUAUGAAGGAACAGUAGACAACAGAGGACAGAGAAAAUUAGCACCAUCCAUGCCAGAAUUUUUAUGUAACGAGUGCCCAAAAGUGCAUAUUUACUUUGAGCGUGUUGAUUUAAAGGAUAUUCCAAAAGAGCAGAUGUUUUUGAGACGGUGGCUGCAUGAACGCUUUGAAAUCAAAGAUAAGUUGUUAACUGAGUUCUACAGUGCAGAAGAUAAGAACAAAAGAAACAGAUUUCCUGGGGAAGGCCAUGUAUCCAAACUGAGUUUCAAGAAGACUUUACCAUCUGUGCUUAUUUUAGGUGGUUUGACUCUGUCAAUGUUACUUACAGAAACAGGAAGAAAACUUUAUGUAAAUACAUGUAUUUUUGGGACUUUAAUAGGGUGUUUGUGGGUCAAUAUUAAACCAUAAGAAAACAUGUUUUCUGAUCCCAUUCCUAAUCAGUCAGAUACGCUAGUCCGUCUUCGAACAGCUGCACAUAACACCAACUAGAACUUGAUGAAGCUGUCUGAACUGUUUGGACAAGAACUACCACCUUUUACAUUUUUACCAAGGAUACAGCAUAGCAGAGAAAGAAAAAGAAACAAAAUUCUAAAAGGGUGUUUCUUUGCAGUGGACAUUGGUAGCCACUGAGCAAUGUUAUUGCUCUCCAGAAGUGCCAGCUGCAUUGCAGUUUUAAGGUAACACAAGGUUUGCAGCUUAAAGGUGGUAUUUCAUAGUCGAAUGGUUUAGAAAGGUUAUUCUAGCCCUUGCCAAAAGGAUAACUAGUGUGAACGUCUGGGUGAAUGGCAAGAAAUGAAAAACAAAGCCUUAAAUAAUGAUUAAUAUCAGUAAUAACAUGUGGCUUAAGAUAGCUGUGAUUGAUGUUGAGCAGCUGUGUAGAAUCACAGUUUUUAUGCUUAUUUUAACUCUGAAGGGUAAAUUGUUGUGUUAUGUUGGAUGUGCACUGUAUUGGCUGUAAUCAACAUCAACGUGCGAUGUUUGCCAAAGAUCUGUGGAAGCAUUUGUUACAUUUGCCUGCCCCUAAAUGUAUUAAAUAACAAAUUGCAUUGUGUGUCAGGUAAUUUUUUUUAUUGUUUUUGCUUAUUUGGUUCUUCAUUUGUUACUUAUUUUUGUUUAAACAUUGCAGUAGUUAUGUUUAUUAUAUGAUGUUUAGCCUAUUUAACUUUUAUUGCAUAUUAUGUCACACUUUAACUGAUGUAACAUAGAGCAUUUCUUGGUGCUGAUGAUGCCCCAGACUCAACAAGAAAAAGUGCUAAUGUUCAUCUUUGCUGCAUAAGCCAUUGCAACAUGAAUACUUUCCUGAAGAUGAUUACAAAUUGUACUUGAUAACGGAUCUGGAGCAUCAGUCAUAGGUGUCCACAGUAUGCUCAUCUGUGCCAGAGUGGAAUGAAUACACGGAUUGGGAUGUGGCAUGCACUUUAUAUUUUUGCCUCCAAAUGCUGCUGUCUUCAGAGUCAGAAGCUUAGAUUUUAUUUUUUUCCUUUUGAAGACCAUUACCCCAAGAUAUUUAAUAAGGUUUGUUCAUUUCUGUACAGUAUUAGAAAUUUUUAACCUUCUUGCCAGUGGCAAUUAACUCUCAAUAAAGACAUACAAAUAUUUGUUUUAGCAGA